UGGAUUCUUAGAGAGCUGAUUCUAGCAUUAGAAAACAAGCCGUCACAGUUGAUUUAUCUUUGGUUCGCCAAAUUAAUAUAUUGGAACAACACACAACAAUUAAGUGGAGCGUUUUACUUUCAAUUACGAUGGAUGGAAAUAUGAUUCUAAUUGAUCCUAAUGUAUCGGUAGAGUUUGAAGUUUUUGGAAAAGUUCAAGGAUGUUCGUUUACAAAAUAUUGCAAGGACAUGUGCGAAGAAUUUCAAGUGUGUGGAUGGAUUAAGAAUACAAAAAAAGGAACUAUUACUGGAAAACUUCAAGGGCCUAAAUCAAAAGUAGAACAAAUGGUUUACUGGCUCUCAAAUGCUGGGUCUCCUGGAAGCCACGUCGAGAGAUGUGAAUUAAAUAAUUGGCAAAUGUUAGCUAAGCCGGAUUAUACUAAUUUUAGCAUUAGAUUUUAAAGAAAAGGAAUGUUAAUCUCCAAAUUUGUGUGAUAUUAACUGUAUUUUUAUUGUUUUGUAUGUAAAAAGUUAAGAAGAGUAGGUAGUAGUUAUUGUUAUGUAAACUAUUAAACAGCUUAUGUAUCGUUUUAAGGUUUUGCUUUAACCAAAAAUAUAUCUAAUAAAAUAAGCCUUAGAUAUUAUAAGUAGAAUU